AACAACAUUACCGCUACCGACUGUUUGGUGUGAUUUUGUUUAAAGGAAGCAAAAAUGAGUCCGAGCGGAGAAUCAACCGAGGAAACCUCCAAGUCUUCAGUUUCCACACAGGAUAACGUCUUAGACCAACGAAAGAGGAUGAAAGUUAUCAACGUCGUUUACAUCAUCGCUGCUCUGGAUAUCACAUGGAUGUUUUUGCAGUUUUCUGUAACCCCUUAUUUGGCAAAGAAACUCGGCUUCGACACCUUGUGGUUUGGUUAUUUACAAACCAUGGUAGGUGUAAUUCAGCUGUUCGGGGGACCCAUGUUUGGAAGGUUUGCAGAUCUAUUCGGAGCACGAGUCGCCCUGUCUUUGGCGUGUUCUUCAACAGUUGUUUUCUUUCUGCUGCUGGCCGUAGCAAACCACCCCGCCAUGCUGUUCAUCCACAAAAUCCCCACAGUCUUCAUGCACGUCCUGCCUUCUUCUCAGAUGGUGGUCGCUGAUCUCUCAGAACCUGAAAAACGUGCCGGUGCUUUAUCCAAACUCGGUCUGUGUUUUGGGAUCGGGAUGGUGGCGGGCUCCACGUUGGGCGGCCAUCUUAACACUCGCUACGGGGAGACGUUUACUGCAUGUUUUGGUGCCGCAGGAAGUACCUUCAGUUUACUGUUGGUUUUAAAGUUCAUCCCAAAAUCUACCAAAGUUCAAGCUCCAGGAACCAACACAGAGGGCGGGAAUAAAAACAAGUCUGUGUUCAGUGUGGGCGAGAUCACCAGACUGAUGAAGUUUCCUCGUGUGACGCCCACUUUUCUGGUGAAGAUAAUCGUAGGCCUGCCAUCAGGUAUUUUCCAGGUGAUGUUCUCCAUCAUUGCUCUGGAGUUCUUUAAGCUGGAGCCUCAGCAGAACGGUUAUCUGAUGGCUUAUUUUGGCAUAGUCCAAAUGGUCAUUCAGGGAGGAGUGAUCGGCCGGCUCACAGCGAGGUACUCCGAUAAGUCGCUGCUGCUUCUGUCCAUCGGAGUUUCUUCGUUUGUCGGACUGGCUCAGGCCUACAUGCAGAACGUGUUCCAGUUCUGUAUCAUCGUCCUCCCCAUGAUGUUUUCUCUCAGCGUGUUUAACGUCAUCACAGACAGCAUCCUCACAAAGAGCGUACCGUCCUCUGAUACAGGCACGAUGAUGGGACUGUGUGCGUCCGUCCAGUCUCUGCUCCGCACAGUCGGGCCGACUGUUGGCGGCUUCCUGUAUGUGAACUACGGCAUUUCAUCGAUAGGCUUAAUCCAGUUUUUUGUGAAUAUCGUCGUGUUUGUGUUCAUGCUACAGCGUCACCUCAGGAAGACAACAGAACAUCGGGAAUGAGAGUUCCUCUCAUCGUCUCCGAUAGAGAUGUAAAUCAGGGUUUGAUUUUAGGAACAAUUAUAUCUACAGCUGUUUGUAUUUAAAGUAUUCUGUCUCAGUAGUUUUUAAAAACAUAAGGUGGAGUCAUUUCAGUCUUUUAUUUUUUUUACCAUUGUUGAAUUGGUGCUGGUGCAGGACCAAUCCACUAGAUGGCAGCAGAUCCUACAGUUGACCUCAGUUUAUUUUCAGGUGUUUCACUUCCAGAGUGUGACUGACACUGAGAUUAAAUUAAACAAAAUCAAAAGGUGGACCAAUCAAUGCCACUCUUUAUCUUGUGUUAUAUCAGAGAUAUAUCAGAGCUUUUUUAAAUUUGUAAUCAAAGUUUAUUUUUUGUAUUUUUGCAUCGUCUUCAUUAAACCUUUUUAAUGAUGA